AUGUCACCAAUUCCCAUAACAAUCCUCACCGGCUUCCUCGGCUCAGGGAAAACGACUCUAAUCCUCAACCUCCUUCCCCAACUCCACGCCCUUAACCCCUCCUAUCGUCUCGCUCUUCUUAAGAACGAAUUCGGAGAUCUUGCCGUCGAUUCCCAGCUUGCUUCUUCAUCUUCGAUAACUUCUGUGCGAGAAAUGCUUAAUGGAUGUAUAUGCUGUAACCUCGUUGGUUCUCUAUCUUCCGCUCUUCAAGAACUGCAGGAUAGUUUACCAGUAAAGGCCAAUGCAUCUACGGGGAAGGAAGAAAAAGGGAGUCUGGAUAGGAUUAUUAUUGAGACGUCCGGGUCUGCGUUUCCUGCUACAUUGGCCAUGGAAGUUAACAGAAUUGCGAGGGAAACGAAAGGGGCUUAUGUGUUAGAUGGUGUGAUAUCAGUGAUCGAUGUAGAGAAUUGGAAGGGGUAUGAAGAUACGAGUUAUACGGCACGAUUACAGGCGAAAUAUACGGAUUUAGUAGUUUUUAAUAAAUGGGAGGGGGUUAGUGAGAGGAGGUUCGAUGAAUGUUUGGAUAGGUUAGGUGAUUUGGAGGUUCAGGUUGCGUGGGUUAAGAGUGAUAAAGGGUCAGUUGGGGUAGAUGUUGUAUGCGGAGUUGAUGGAGGAUUGGCUAGAGGGCUAGUGGAUGAUGUGGAUGGAAAGGAAAAUGGACACUCCCAUGAUCAUUCGAAUGGGGAUCACAAGCACGAACACCCCCACGAUCAUCAAUCCGAGGUCGAAGUCCUAUCCAUAACUCUCAAAUCUUCGUCCCCUUCCUCAACAAUCUCCCUCCCAUCACUCACUAAACUCCUCACCAAAGCACCCAAAGACGAAGUAUACCGAAUUAAAGCAGUUUUAUCCUCAAGCUCUCCUAUCCCGCCUUCCGACUCUUCACUCUCACCACCUGAAUCCGAGACUUCUGCAUCAUCAUCCUCAUCAAAUUCUACCACUGAUCUCGCACCAAGACCUGCGAAAUAUAUACUUAAUUGGGCUUUUGGACGCUGGACUAGCACAAAAAUGAAAGAACAACAAUUAGAAAAGGAACAUGAGAGCAGUCAAGGAGAAGGAGUGGUACUGAGAAUGACGAUUGUGACAGCGAGGGACGAAAGCAAUAAGUGGAAGAAGAGGAUCGAGGGCGGUGGUUGGAUAGAGGUCGACGGUGGAGAGGGAGAAUUGAAGGUUGUGAGGAUUUCGUGA